AUGUCCCCGCCUAGGCGCCGCUCGGCGCGCAUCGCUAGCAACUCUAAGAGUGCUAGGGCAGUUCCCGAACUUGUGCCUGUCGCCGAAGACACCGAACCCGCCGCGAUGUCGUCGCCUCGACGCUUUAUUGCCAAGUCGCCCAUGCCCGCGCCGUCUACUCCUCCGUCGUCGGUGAUCAGGCCACCUCGCAGCGAGAUGCACCCAAGCAAAUUUCAUCAAAGUAUUGGAGAGCCAUCAUCUGCGGUAGCACUCGGCUUCACAGAUAUCGAUGCCUCUGAUAGGAGAACCACCGGCACUGCGCUAACUGCGACUCCGUCACGCUCGACCGGCAUGCCGUCGUCGACUUUUACGUUUGACUUGUCGACAUCGACCAAUGGAGGCGCGCUCAGCAGCGACGCGAAGAAAAUCCUGGAGGAGCUUCAAGAGAAGGCAGCUAAGAUCAAGGUUGAGCUGGUCGCCCAGCGGGAAGCUGAUGGUAUUGAUGGGGGCGCGAUUGGUGAGCGCCGCUUCGCGAAGCCAAAGAGCAUUGCCGGCCGCUACAGUGCUGUUCAUGCCGCCGAGUUCGACAAGAUGGAUUCGAUUGAAGGACAUGCUUCCGCUUGGAGAGCAAGCCGAUUCACACCUGUUGUGGCUGGCGUGAAACGUUCGCCCUCGAAAGCCAGCCUCACAGACUCUCCAAGCAAAACGAGCGAUUCGCCUUCUCACAGAAAGCCAAACAUGUAUAGUCACUUGUCGCAAACGCCAGAGAAGAAUCUGAAGCGCAAGUCCUCGGCUGCGAAUUUGGAUGGCCGAAGCGGCACAGAAUCACCCAAAAAGGCAAACCAAGUUUCUUCGCCAAGCAAAGCCACUGACCGCACGCCCGGAGAGCGGCAGCCUGUUAAACGCGCGAAGCAGCGCAAGGAGGACGACACAUCAACGAACAGACCCAAACCUUCCACCCUCCCAACUGUUUCACGCGUUCCUGCGCGUCCCCAGUCAACACUGUCACGGCUGAUGAGCCCUACAAAAUCCUCACGUAUGCAUACCCUGGGUAGCCCCAGAAAGGCAGCAACUUCUUCACUAUCGACGCCGACGAAGCCGACGGGUAGCCCGCGUAAGCCUGGCAUCGCGCUGGUAGCUACUCCAUCUAAGCUGUCUGCCAACCCAAGCAGGGUUGCUGCACCUCCUACGCCAAAUUUUGCACAGUCUCUGUCAAUAGGGAACUUGACUUCCAAGACUGACGGAUUUGCUCGCCGAAUUCUUAGCCCGAUGCGUAUGCAAAAAGUCAAGUCGAUUCUGCGCUCACAGCCAGCUGCAAACUUUGCGUCUGGCAGUGCCAUCCCUCAGCCUGCACUUUAUGGCUCGCAUACUCCCGCCCCCCCACGCUUCGACAAAGAGCUACCGCCCAUUCCUUUUACAACUCCGCGACGUAAGCUGACGAAAAAGGUGACCUUCACACCAGAAACCAAGCGUGCAGCCGCGGAUCAGGGCUCUCCCACGCCGCUCAAGUCGUCCUUGUUCCAGUUCAGAUCUGCUUCUGGACCAAGAAGCACCCGGGAUGUGGCCAUGAAGAAUGCUGCGUCCGACAACGGUGGUCACGUUGCUUAUCCUGAUUUGUCUGCGUUCAAAGACCUUAUCAACUCAAAAGACGAAGAAGCCUCAAAACAGGUGCCGUCUGUGCCGAGCUCGUUUACGUUUCGCAGCGACCACACUAUCGAGUUUGGCGAGGCUCCUAGGACUGGUUUUGGUAGUUCCGUUGGGCAGUCAAGCGUCCGUCAUGUUAGAAAGUCCCUUACCCAAGCCACCAGUCUGCCGGGCAGCUUCCCCGCACCGCCUGCUCCGAGCUCACACCCCGACAAGGAGAAUACCGCACCAACAUCGACCUCCAAGGUACUACCGGGCGUUCUUCAUGGGUUGACGAGCAAAAAGCGUCACCGACCGAGCACUGACGAAGAGGAUGCCGAAAGAGAGGCGGAAGAACGCGCUUCAAAGAAGCGCAAAAACACUCUGGCUGGACAAGAGCGACCGGCCCUAUCGUCCGCCAAGGCUAUUACUUCAACUCCGCAGAGCAGCACCAAGAGGGCACGACUGGAUCGUAAUGCUUCCCUCACGCCAAGCAGGCAGCAGCUCACAAAGACUCCCACAACACCAAGAACUGCUAGUCCUAUCAAGGCGAGACAAGGCAUAAGCAUGAGCCGUCUGCAGGCGCUGGCUCGUCCAAAAACGAGAGUUUGA